UGCUAAAAAAUAUCGAUUGCUAGUCAACUAUUUUUGUUAAGAGGAAGAAGUGUUUAACGAAAAAUAUAUACAUACUAUUUAUUUUUGUUGUCAGAAAUAAAUUAGUACAUCAACUUUUUUUAAUUAAAAAUAACUAUUCUUUAGAAUUGGUUCAAUCAACCAAAUUAAACUUAACACAAUAUUUGAUAAUUUACGUGAAUGAAAGAGAAGUCAACGUAAACAAAAAUAUAUUAAGGCUAUGGCGGACUUGGAAGCUGUAUUAGCUGAUGUCAGCUAUCUGAUGGCAAUGGAGAAGUCAAAAUGCACUCCAGCUGCAAGGGCCAGCAAGAAAUUAACUUUACCAGACCCCAGUGUCAGAAGCGUUAUGUACAAAUAUUUGGAAAAAGAAAACCAACUGAACUUUCAUAAAAUUUUUAAUGAAGUUUUAGGUUACCUGCUCUUUAAAGAUUUUUGUGAAAACGACUCGGAUGAACCAAUACAACAACUGAAGUUCUAUGAACAGAUAAAGAGUUUUGAAAAAACAGAAUGUUAUGAAGAACGUAAAAAACUGGCAAGGGAAAUCUAUGAUAAUUUUAUAAUGGAGGAAAUGCUCUCACACACUUAUGAAUACUCCAAAGAUGCUGUAGCAAGUGUUCAAAAAUAUUUAUUAAAAAAUGAAGUUCCGGUGGAUUUGUUUGAACCUUAUAUGGAAGAGAUAUUCACGCAGCUCAAAGGAAAACCAUUCAAAAAGUUUUUGGAAAGCGAAAAAUUUACAAGAUUCUGCCAAUGGAAAAAUUUGGAACUAAAUAUUCAACUGACAAUGAACGAUUUUAGCGUACAUAGGAUAAUUGGACGUGGAGGCUUUGGGGAAGUAUAUGGAUGCCGAAAAGCUGACACUGGAAAAAUGUACGCCAUGAAAUGCUUAGACAAAAAACGCAUUAAAAUGAAGCAAGGUGAGAUGCUGGCUCUUAAUGAACGGAACAUGUUGCAAGCUGUGAGCACUGGAAUUGACUGUCCAUUUAUUGUCUGCAUGACAUAUGCCUUUCAUACGCCCGAUAAACUGUGUUUUAUAUUGGAUCUAAUGAAUGGUGGAGAUCUGCAUUACCAUCUAUCGCAGCAUGGAGUUUUUAGCGAAGACGAAAUGAAAUUUUACGCUGCGGAGGUGAUUUUAGGCUUGGAGCAUAUGCAUAAGCGUUGUAUUGUUUACCGUGAUUUAAAGCCAGCUAACAUAUUGCUUGAUGAAAAUGGACAUAUACGAAUAUCUGAUUUGGGCUUGGCUUGUGACUUUUCAAGGAAAAAACCACAUGCAUCAGUUGGAACUCACGGAUAUAUGGCGCCAGAAGUGUUAUCAAAGGGAACUUCGUAUGACUAUUGUGCGGACUGGUUUAGUUUCGGAUGCAUGCUAUACAAAUUGCUUAAAGGCCAUUCCCCAUUUCGACAACAUAAAACAAAGGAUAAACAUGAAAUUGAUAAAAUGACAUUAACUAUGAAUGUUGAACUUCCUGAAUCAUUUUCUGUCGAGCUAAAGAAUUUGUUGGAAAUGUUACUUCAAAGGGAGGUUUCUAAACGACUCGGUUGCAUGGGAAAUGGCGCUGAUGAAGUAAAAAUGCAUAAUUUUUUUUGUGGAAUCGACUGGCACCAAGUUUAUAUUCAAAAAUAUACUCCCCCAUUAGUACCUCCAAGAGGAGAAGUAAAUGCCGCGGAUGCCUUUGAUAUCGGAUCUUUUGAUGAGGAAGACACAAAAGGCAUUAAGUUAAAUGACACCGACCAAGAUCUUUACAAGCUUUUCUCGUUGACCAUAUCGGAAAGGUGGCAGCAGGAAAUCUCUGAAACAGUAUUUGAAACUGUAAAUAUUGAGACCGAUAAGAUCGAACAAAAAAAGAAAGCUAAACAAAAACAGCACUUUGAUGCAGACGAAAAAGAAUCUGAUUGCAUUCUACACGGGUACAUAAAAAAACUAGGAGGAUCUUUUGCAUCAUUGUGGCAGACAAAAUAUGCAAAAUUAUAUCCAAACCGAUUGGAACUGCAUUCGGAGAGCGGAAAUAACAAACCAGAACUAAUAUUUAUGGACCAAGUGGAGGACAUUUCAUCUGAGUUUAUUUUACACAAAAACGAAAAUUGCAUUCAAAUACGCAUAAAUGAUGGUAGUCGAGAUGGAUGAAAUCGGAUUAAAGGAAUGGGCGUCAUCUUUGAGAUCAGCACACAAAAUGUCGCAAGAUCUCUUAGGAUCAAUGGC